UUUUUAUUUUUUCUUCAUCAUACUACUACUCUCGGGGCCUUGACUUUCUUUUUCUUUUUAACAUUUAUUCUUCUCGUGUUCCUCUUUCCUUCUACUUGCUUUUGUCUUUUUGUCCUUUCACUGUUCCCUCUGUCGUGAAUCCCAAGCUCGCAACUUUUGACGUCUUUUCCUCUUCUGGGUAAGUUCUUCUUUUCUUCCUGUUCAUCUGCUAAAAACCCGAUCUUGCGUCUUAAGUCUAUGGAGAGAGAGAAGAGGGGUUUGUACAGUGUUUGACCUAAAGGCUAUUACCCUCAAAAGUCUCGAGAUUUUUCUUAAACUGGUCUCAACUCGGUGGACAUGAUCUUUCAGACAGCUUUAGUUUGAGGUCUUUUUUGGAGAAGUUAUGGGGAGUUUUUGCUCCAAGAGCCUAGGAAUAAACUUUGGCAGUGAGUACUCAGGUUCAAGCGUGACUGAUGAUAUACGAGAACACGAUUUUGGCUACCAACAACAACAAGCAACUGGUCAAAACUGUUUAAUGGGUCCUCCUGGUACGAGACAGUGUAUGGUCAAAGACGCUAAAGAACAACCAAUCCAGCUGAAAGAUAUGUUCUCCUUCCGAGAAAGAGAAGCUGAAGAUAUCUACGAUGGGAUUCCGAGGUUACCAUCGUCUCAGAAACUCCGGCCUGCAAAAUCUACUCAAACUGCUGUUUCAAAGGUUACAGAAGUAGGGAGAGCGGGGUUAGGUAAAGCGAAGGAUGUGUUGGAUACACUUGGGAGUAGCAUGACUGAUCUUAGCAGCGGUGGUUUUACUUCUGGAGUUGCAAUUAAAGGCAAUGAGCUUGGGAUCUUAGCCUUUGAAGUAGCAAACACAAUUGUCAAAAGCUCAAAUCUCAUUGACUCACUUUCUAAGCAGAACAUCAAGCAUUUGAAAGAAACUGUCAUUUAUUCCGAAGGUGUUCAGAAUCUUGUCUCUAAUGAUUUUGAUGAACUUCUCAGACUAGUUGCUUCUGAUAAGAGGCAGGAGCUGCAAGUUUUCUCAGGAGAAGUGGUUCGGUUUGGAAACAGAUCUAAAGACUUCCAGUGGCAUAAUCUACAGCGCUACUUUGACAAGAUUAUCAAAGAGUUAACCCCUCAAAGACAGUUGAAUGAAGACGCAGACUUAGUUGUUCGCCAACUGAUGGGUCUAGUGCAGUAUACUUCUGAACUAUACCAAGAGCUUCAAGUAUUGGAUAGAUUGGAGAAAGACUAUGAUCAAAAGCGCCGAGAAGAAGAGAACUCAGCUAGCAGCAGUAAAGGUGAUGGCCUUGCAAUCUUAAAAACGGAGCUCAAGUCCCAGAGAAAGGUAGUGAAAAGCUUAAAGAAAAAGUCCUUGUGGUCAAGAGGUCAUGAAGAGGUGAUGGAGAAGCUAGUAGACAUUGUUCACUUCUUGUUGCUAGAGAUUCAUAACAUCUUUGGUGGUGCUGAUGAUCAACCAGCGAAGAAAGGAGCAACGGAUCAUGAUAGAAGAUUGGGACCUGCUGGUCUUGCUUUACAUUAUGCAAAUAUAAUUAUGCAGAUUGAUACACUUGUCGCUCGUGCAAGCUCUAUAACUUCAAAUGCAAGGGAUUCUCUAUACCAAAGCUUGCCACCUGAUAUAAAACUGGCUCUCCGUUCCAAGAUUAAGUCCUUCAACGUCGAUAAAGAGCUUUCAGUGACACAAAUUAAGGACGAGAUGGAGAGGACACUGCAUUGGCUUGUCCCUAUUGCAGCCAACACAACCAAAGCUCAUCAUGGUUUCGGUUGGGUUGGAGAGUGGGCAAAUACAGGGAGUGACUUCACUAGUAAGCCUAGUGGUGGAGAGAUACUACGAAUCGAAACACUUUACCACGCUAGUAAAGAAAAGACAGAGAUCUACAUUCUUGGACAGAUCAUUUGGUUACAGCAUUUGGUUACAAAAGCAAAGAGUGAAGCACGUGGAGGUCCUAAGCUUUCUUCUAUCAAGUCUAGGAACCAGCAAUUGGUAUCUGAACCACUCAGUGUCCCGUUAGUAACAGAGGAGGAACAAAAGAUGUUAGAGGAGGCGAGCAUGAGGAGGAAGAGGGGAACUCCAUGUGUUAGCAAGAGUCAUGAUUUUGAUUCAGAGUACUCGCGUGUGAGGAAGUGUGACCCUCUGAGCAGAAGCAGUGAGUAUUUUCGUGGAGUGAGAAGAAGCAAAUCAGCUGCUGUGAAGAGGUUUUCUUCAGGUUUUCCAUUUCUUGAUUUUGUUAUCGAUAAGGAGAAGGCGUUGGAUGUUAUUGAUCGUGUUGAUGUGCCGAGAGAUUACAGAGCGUUGUUGAAAGAAGGUAGCUUAAGCUUCUAAUGGAGUGUGGUUGAGGCCAAUGUACAAAACUGGCUUCUGGUUCAUGUGUUGGGUUGUACAUAAGAGCAUAAGAGAAUGCUGUUGGAAGAAGCUGUUUAUGCGACAUGUUAGAUCAUUUACAAUAUUUUAUUCAAUAUAGUGGUACACUUUUCAGAAAGUUUCAAA